AUGGUGCGCGUGCCCGGAUCUUUGGGUGCCUCAGGAUACCACCGUGAGUCACCAGAUGAAGAAGCGCAAGCUAAAAUUGGACUAGGGAACGAAGCGCCGACGGACAUUGGAUCACCGUUGACUUCACUUAACCAAGAGGGAGGACUGGCGACAAACCUAGAAGAAAAACCUCAACCUCCUGCCAAGGUCCCUUCGGGGACCGCUGCGGGUUCUAAUUCGCAUCAAAACCCGCUGGACGAAAGUCCACUCGCGAAAGCCGGGAACGUCUCGUCCAAGCAACCGCCUAGCUCAAGAUCGACGGUAAAGAAGAAGCCAGCCAGAUCGAAGUCCUCACGAAAGAAGCUGAAGGCACCAGACUCGACCAUCGACGGUCCCGUCGAUCUUACGUCGGCUUGGACGGAUGAACAACUCGAGAACGUGUAUCAAAAGAAGUAG